UACUACUUUGUCCCCUUAGACAGAGCACUUGGACAGAGGCGCCAACCCAGGCCCCCUUUGCGUUUCUGCUUUCGAAAGCCUUUUUGGAUUCAGAUUCCUUGCCUCGUAUCCGCAUUUAUUGCCCAAAUCGUUUUUCGAAUUUUCAAGGAAAGGGAAAAGGUUGAAGGCAUUGGAAGCAUAAGCAAUGGGAUCAUCAAUGGAGACUGAGCUCAAAGAGAUUUUAAACGAACUUAAUUCUCUGCAAAAUUCAUUGCCAGAUCCCUCUCAUCAAUCCCAAAUCCAUCAAUUACAAUGUCGAAUUGAAAGGCUCUCCAAUCUUGCUAAGUCAGGAGGCAUGCACCGCUCGAAAGUUAAGGAUAUGAGUGCUGAAGUUGUUGAUAGCAAUCCCUACAGUAGGCUUAUGGCGCUUCAGAGAAUGGGCAUUGUGCAAAACUAUGAAAGAAUAAGGCAAUUUUCAAUUGCCAUUGUUGGUAUAGGUGGUGUGGGCAGUGUUGCCGCUGAAAUGUUGACAAGGUGUGGCGUUGGUCGUCUAUUGUUGUAUGAUUAUGACAAAGUAGAGUUAGCUAACAUGAAUAGGCUUUUCUUCCGUCCAGAGCAGGUUGGCAUGACGAAAACAGAAGCUGCUGUUGAAACUCUUUCUGACAUUAAUCCAGAUGUUGUCUUUGAGAGCUAUACACUGAAUAUUACAACUGUUCAAGGUUUUGAAACUUUUAUGUCAAGUCUCAAAAAUAAGUCGUUUGGCCCACAUACAGAAGGUAGCGGAGUGGAUCUUGUAUUAAGCUGUGUGGAUAAUUAUGAAGCAAGGAUGGUAGUAAAUCAGGCUUGCAAUGAAUUAAACCAAACAUGGAUGGAAUCUGGUGUAUCUGAAAAUGCGGUUUCAGGUCACAUACAAUUGCUGGUUCCCGGAGAAACUGCGUGCUUUGCAUGUGCACCUCCCUUGGUUGUUGCUUCUGGUGUUGAUGAACGCACACUAAAGCGUGAAGGGGUUUGUGCUGCAUCUCUACCAACUACCAUGGGUGUUGUUGCUGGGCUUCUUGUUCAAAAUGCUCUUAAAUAUUUGUUAAAGUUCGGGCAAGUUACCCCUUAUCUGGGUUACAAUGCCCUCAAAGAUUAUUUCCCAACAAUGGAAAUGAAGCCAAACCCUCAAUGUUCAAAUUCAGCAUGUUUGGAACGACAGAAAGAAUACAUUCUUGCAAAGCCUGCCAGGGAUGCUUCUGCUAGAGCAAAGAUGGAGGCCGAAGCACAGUCUGCAACAGAAUGUCCCAUUCAUGCAGAUAAUGAAUGGAACAUAAGUGUCGUUGAUGACAGUGAAGUGGCUGGUCCAGAUGUCAGAAGUUCAGGCAUUCUUCCGGAUGGCCUUACGCACGAGUUGCCAAGUGCAGAUGGAUUUUCAAAUCUGCCUGUUUCUGGGGAGGGAAGCAACCUGCUGGACGACUUGGAUGAACUAAGAAAGCAACUUGAGGCCCUUAAUGCUGAUAAGUCCUGACUUAGUACAUGAUAAAUUUGUUCAGCUAGUAUCUUAAGCUAGGAAAAUCUCAGGUGAAGGCAGACACUAAGUGCUCAAAGGGUCAUGAAGAUAAAAAGUGAUUAAACUGUACAAUUGUUUUUGUUGCGAUUUUAAAUAGGCUUCUUUUCUUCAGUUCUUACACAACAGCUUUACCUGUAUGGAACCUGCAGGUAUAAGCUUGUUAUUGGGAAGAGUAGUUUGUCAACAAAGAUGGAAUCUGUAUUGUAGUUGCAGGGCAAUUGCCUUUGUGUUUUGCCCUAAAGGAGGCUUGACAGUUUUGUGAGAUCAAUUUGGUGUACUAUAACUUUGUUCUAUAGGUAGAUUUGUUUACGAUCAA